UAAUAUGUCUUUAUCUUAAAAAAAUUUGACACAAAAAUUUAUACUAUUAUGAAAAUAAAUCUUUAACAAAAAAAAGAAGUUUGUUGCUUCAUUAUGUUAAUUAAUCAUAAUACAAUUCUUUUUUGUAUAAGUGAGCGAUGAGCUCACCACAGCCCAUCUGGUUCUAAACGAUUGCAUAAUUAUAAUUGCCAAAAUUAAGCAGCCCAUCUCGAAUAGUAAAAAAGAAGUCUCAAAACCUUGCAAAGACGACUAUCUCACUCUACAAAAUACAAAAUAGAAUGGUUCCUAACUUCCUUUGUAGCAGAACGAUUGUUGGUACCGAUCCGUAAUUACAUAGAGAUAUAUAGUUUUUGUAGCGACUAUUAUUACCAAAAAUAUUAUUACAAUAAGUACUGACUUGGUUGACUAAUUACAGGUCAGUUGGUAGCAUUAAACAUACUUAAAUAUAAUUUACCGUACAUUUUAAUUAAUGAUUUACAUCUAAAAUCUAAUCAUUAAUAAUUUUGAUCAGAUAGCAGUUUCAGCUUUAACAAAUAUAUUGUAGGUAAAAUAAUUAAUGCCAAUCAUGUGAAUUUAAUUCUAAAUUAGAAUGGACAACGGACGCGGCGUGGUGGAAAACAGUUCAUAUUAACAUAAUGAACAUAAACGGGUUUGCUUGAAAAUCCACGCGGGUUUUCUGAAAACGUCCAUUGCCGACUGCGUUCGUAAGAUGUAUGCCUUAUAUUUUGUAUAUUAUGUUGGUUCUCAAGAAACUGUCUGUCAAUUCGUGUUGGAGCGCGGUCAAGUUAGCCGCGGCACACGGACUGCUUGUCUGUUUAGCAAACGGUUAGAAUUAGUGAAAUUCACAACAUCUCGUCCCUUAGUCUUCUUGCUGACCGCAUUAGCAACAGUAUUGAUUUCACAUAAAAUCGCAAAAUGGUGGAGAGCGAAAUAAAAGAUGUCGAAAACCAGAAAGUAGAUGAGGAUCCGAUUACAAAAAUCAUUGGAGCGAUCGGUAAAUGGCAAAUUUGGAUAUGCUUCGUGGUUUUCCUCGUGAAGUUUCCAGUUGCCUGGCACCAGAUGAGCAUAAUUUUCCUAGCCCCUCCAAUGAACUUCACUACUUCGAACACCAGCGGUGAUUUUGAUAAUGUAUGUCUUGAAAACAGCUCCGAGUACGUCUAUGAUCACAGUAUCUUUCAAGAGACCAUCGUGUCACAGUGGGACCUCGUUUGUGACAGGCAUUGGCUGAAAAAUCUUACACAAACAAUUUUUAUGCUCGGCAUCCUCGUGGGCAAUAUGCUGUUUGGCCAUCUUUCUGACAGAUUUGGUCGCAGAACGCCAUUCUUAGCAGCAGUAUUUCUUCAGCUUAUUUCUGGAGUAACAACUGCAUAUUCGGUAAACUGGUACAUGUUUACAACACUUCGCUUCAUCCUUGCCGUGGCCACUGGAGGGACUAUGGUUACAAGCUUCGUACUCACAAUGGAAAUAAUCGGCGCUAAAUACAGAGAGACUGUUGGAAUCAUUUACCAGAUACCUUUUAACCUCGGACACCUAUCACUUCCGCUCUUUGGCUACUACUUACGGAAUUGGAGCAAUUUCCAGUUAGCCAUAUCAUUACCUUCAGUGCUUUUCCUGAGCUAUUACUUUUUAUUACCGGAAUCGCCAAGGUGGCUCUUGACCGUAGGAAAAUCGGAAGAAGCUGUUAAGAUAUUAGAAACUGCAGCAAAAAGAAAUGGUUUACCAACCGAUAAUAUUGGUUCGACGACACAGAAAAUGGUUGUGGACAUAGGAAAUAAGUCUGAAGAGCGUGCUUCGUUUUUAGCCUUGUUCAGGACUCCCAAGCUCCGUGCUCGGACAAUCGCGAUUUGCUACAAUUGGUUCGUUUGCGGUCUCUGCUUUUUCGGUGUCUCCCAGUAUAUCGGACAAGUCUCCGGAAAUAUUUUUACCAACGUUGCCAUAUCUGGAGCUAUACAGGUCCCCGGAACAUUGAUCUCGAUCUACGCUAAUAGAGUCCUAGGAAGGAAAAUGACACUAAUUAUAGCUAACUGCGUCACCGGAAUCAGUUGCCUUCUAAUAAUGGUUGUACCUCGAUCAGAAGUAAGCAAUUUAAUAUUAGGUUGUUCCGGUCUUUGGGGACUGAGUAUCUCAUUCGCCACUGUAUACUUGUACGCCGGUGAACUCUUUCCAACUGUAGUAAGAAACUCCGGCGUGGGAUUAGCAUCGACUGUUGCUAGAAUAGGAUCUAUGGUUGCGCCUUUUGUUGCGACCCUAGGUCACACAAGCGCUUGGCUUCCACCAUUGGCUUUUGGGAUUGUCCCGUUAAUUGGAGCAGGGCUGUGUAUCUUAUUACCUGAUACACGAGGUAAAAAAUUACCUGAUACUCUGGAAGAAGGCGAAGCGUGAAUAAAUUGAUCUCUCAAGAAUGCCAAACAAAGGCUAAAGCUUUAUAAAUAAAGUACAUAUUCAAAAUUAGUUAUGAAAUAAUCUUAUCGCACCUGUAUUGGUUAAUAUGAGUUGAGAAUUGUAUUCAUAUAUUUGUUGUUAAAAUGUAUAUAAUAUUAAGGUUUCGUUUUUAGAUUUCAAGUAUUUAGAUAUUAAGUAUUUUAAUUAAGUACUAUUAAGUAUAUUUUUAAUAACGAUCAAGAAAAUAACAUUAAAAAUUGUGUUCAAUUUGUGUUAAAAAUGUCUUUUGACGAUAUUUUAUUUGAGGAUGAACAUUUCUGCCUGAACAUACUGUUUCAUCUGUGAAUUAUGUUUAGAUAUAGUUUAAGAUAGGCUGUGCUUGAUAAGUUCAAUAGACACUAAAGACAAA